AUGGCGGACAAUGUGGAAGCAAACGAUCAAGUAAGACACCGACGAGGACGUCCAGCUCGCAAUCAAGGCGUUAAUCGCGGUAGACCUAUUCCUGUUGAGGAGUUGCCAAGACCAGUCGGAAACCAGAUUCUUGAAGAGUUAGGAAGGCUUAGAAGAACGCAACCAAAUGAGCGAAUAUAUUUGUUAUCUGAGUUCAGAAAGCAAAGACCGCCAGUGUUCACAGGUGAGCCUGACCCGAGAGUUGCUGAGAGCUGGAUUCGUCAAAUAGAAAAGAUGUUGGAAACCAUGGGUAUUACUAUGCAUACAGACAAGAUCGCCCUGGCAAGUUAUCAGCUAGAAGGAGAAGCGGAUCAUUGGUGGUCCUUGAUGAAAAAUUCUCGGGACACGACAAGCAUGACUUGGGCUCAGUUCAAAGAAUUGUUUCUAAGAAAAUAUUUCCCAAACACAGUUAGACAAGAGCGAAUUUGGCAAUUUCAAACUUUGAAACAGGGUGAGAUGUCAGUGACUCAGUAUGUGGCCAAGUUUGAAGAGCUGGCUCGAUACGCAGCUCGAUACGUCGUAGAUGAGGAAGAGAAAGCACGAAAAUUCGAGUGGGGUUUAGACCCUAUUAUUAGAGGUAAAGUGUUACCCUUGCGCCUCCAUACAUUUGCUGAUGUGGUGGAUACGGCAUUGGAUAUAGAAAGAGAGUGCACAGACUCAAAAAGGAUUUGGAUGAUGAAAACGAAGAAAGGGGGUCAGUCCUUUGUAGGGCCAAGAAGAAAUGACCGAAGGAAUGUGGGUGAGAUGUCAGUGACUCAGUAUGUGGCCAAGUUUGAAGAGCUGGCUCGAUACGCAGCUCGAUACGUCGUAGAUGAGGAAGAGAAACACGAAAAUUCGAGUGGGGUUUAG